UCUAACUCACAUUCGCACAAGGUCGCUGCUGCCAUCAGUUUCUCCGUGUUUGCUUCAUCCUUGUCCUACAUCAUCCAUCAUGGAAAUACCAGCCAAAUGUGUAGCAGCAACUGUGCUCCUGCUGCACAUAGCUGUUGGGAUCGGGGUUAUCUCUCUUGUCGUGUCAAAAGAGCACCAUGAACACAGGAAAACUUCAGAAAUACUCAAGCAACAAUUCAGUCGGAUCUACACUGAACACUUGGAGAAAUCCCAGGCCACGUUCACCAAUGCAGGAACAAACAAGACACAACCCAGAACACCGGCAGAUCUUCUAAAUCUAUUGAAACCCAUAGCAUAUUUCCCUGGACUUGACUUGACUGGCUACAAAGAAGCAGACACAUCUGUAGACACUCCGAUUAGGAACUGGGUACCAUUCAUCGGACCAGGAAGACAACUGCUGUACAAUGGAAUGAAAUAUGAAAAUGGGAGCAUCGUAGUACCCGCCACUGGACUGACAAAAGUUGUAUUGGUUAGCAUUCACGAUAAGAGUUGUUACCUAUUGCUUAUUUUAGGUAUAUUUUUCAAAGCUGUAUGUAUGUAUGUAUGUAUGUAUGUAUACACGAUUGAACCCAGAUGUUUUAGUUACACAGAGAACGACAGCAACGACACACGGUGCAUCCAAGAACGGACAUACAAGUAUAAGCUGGGUGCAAAGAUCUCAGGGAUGAAUCUACUGAUGCAGAUGGAUGUUGGUGAUCAGUUGAUGGUGAAAGUCUCACGGAUGAACCCUCUGAGACAUGACCGAGACUGGCAGUAUUUUGGAGUACACUUCACUAGAAAUGACAUGCAUGGUUCAGAAUGUCGAUGCAAUGGGGAACAUUCCUCUGUUAUCUCCUUUUACCGCUUCGCCUAUAGAUGGCGCCAAUCACUACAGUCCUAA